AUGGCUUCCCCUCCACCGACCCCGUCAAGGCUGGCCCCAGCUCAGAGCUCUGAAUGGCGCUUUUGCCCUAUCACCGCACCAACAGAAUGGGUCGAAGACUAUCGCCCUGGCAAAUUCCAUCCUGUCCACCUCGGAGACCAGCUCAAAGAUGGAAGAUACGAGAUCCUCAGAAAGCUAGGGUAUGGGGCAUACUCGACAGUAUGGCUAGCAAGAGAUGAGCAGUAUGAUUUUGCUUUCAUUGCUGACCCCGACAGCUCACCUACUCCUUGCUAUCGCCGACUAAUUAAAUGUUAUGUCGCGGUCAAAAUAUUAACAGCUCAAUCAACAGCCUCAGAAACCGAGUCGUCUAUACUCAAAACCAUAGCUCAGAGCACGCUUCCACAUCAGGGGAAGGAACAUAUCAUAUCUCUGAAAGACUACUUCAAGCACAAAGGUCCAAACGGAGAGCAUGGGUGUCUCGUAUUCGAACCUAUGGGCCCAAGUACGGCGACCAUGGUUGAACGUCUUCCAAAACCCCUACUCAGCAAAACUGGACGAAGCGAGAGGUACCCAAUCUGGAUGGCAAGAUCUAUACUUCGACAAGCUCUUCUCGGUAUCGACUUCCUACACCGGAUUGGCAUCGCUCAUGGCGAUUUGCAGCCUGGCAACCUUCUCUUCUUGGCCAGGGACCUGACAUCCGUAGGAGAGAUUCGUCUAUCGCAAAAAGUCAUCGAGCCUACUUCGUUGGAACCCGUCAAAAGACAGGAUGGUAAGGUUGAUCUUUGGGCUCCGAAAUAUCUCGCGGUCAAUCAACCUUUAACGGAAUUUGUGGAACUAGACCACAAUUUCGUCAUCAAAAUCUCAGAUAUGGGUGGAGCAUUCUUCAUUGACAAUCCACCCAAAAAAUUAGUCACUCCCGUUGGCCUGCGCAGUCCUGAAACCAUACUCGGAGAAGUUCCUACGAGCAGCCAAGACAUUUGGAGUUUUGGUUGUCUAGUCUUCGAGUUUGUCACUGGAAGGCCGCUUUUCGUCGUCGAUGAUACUGGUGAUGAGGAUGAGACAAAUGAUGACCACUUCUUGCAAUUAUCUAGUACUAUCGGACCCAUUCCCAGAGACGUCCUUUCGAAAUGGGCAAGGUCAGAUGUUUACUUCAGCCCUAAUGGGGAAAAUAUCAAGAGCUACAUCGGAGAACUUCCUGAGGGGUUUGAUCCCAGCGAUCUAGAGCAUCAGCCACCGCUAGAGGAGCUCUUUGAUCAAGAAAGGCCGGCUGAGAUAAGCAAUGAAGAUUCGAAACAGAUCAUGCACAUACUGCGAUGGAUUUUGCAGUAUGACGCCACCAAGCGACCUUCAGCAAGCGACCUUCUAAAUGACCCUUGGUUUUCAGGACCAAGCGCUACAAAUUCACAAGCUAGGCCUAAUGUAAAGCCUUAG